GAAUACGUGAUGUCAGUUUUAUGUAGAAACGUGUCAAGUGCGCACGUCUGUGCCUCCUAUAGAUAGUGUUAUUAAAAAAAUUAUCGUUUAUGGUAUUUCGAAAUUUAAAUUCCGCGAUUGUUUUUUUUUUAUUGUAGACAUUUUUGUGAUGUAUGCCAGUGUUGUGUGUUGAAUAAUGUCGGCUCUAUUGAAGAAUGUUACAAAUUGCAUCUGGCACGCAUUCGACUCCUUGCAAAAUAAAUCAACAGUGCACAAAUCAAAAUUGAAGGUGCUGACUGCUAACAUCGGCACUCUCCUAGACCUCUAUGGCGUGGAGAAGGGUCUAGACCACUUCAAGUCCUCACAGGAGUUAACGUUUGAUGAGUUCCGAUAUUACCUCCAGCAUGAAGUGUUCAGCUCGCUGCCGAAGACCAUGACCUUACCGGUUAUUAGAGAUUACGAGAAGAAAAUAAGCGAGGUCUGUUGGCUGGUUUGCCGCAAGAACCUUUUGGCACGAGACAAACCUAUCUUCGAUGAUGACUCCGUGCUGAAGUUAUUCAGGAUAUACUGUCUACUCGCGGAUUUGGUGCAGGAUGCAGAUGACUCCGAACAUUACAUGGUAAUACUGCAACCAUCCGAAGCGGGCAUCGUCGCUGAACAACUGGUCCAUUGUCUUGGGCUCCGAUGGGACGCGGCAGACUGGGACGCACUGGGGACCUCCAUCGGUCAUUUCAAAUGGGCAGCUUUUCUUGCAGUAUUGGAGGCUAAAUACUGCUCCGACCAACAGCUACACUCUAAGGCUUUGGUGGAAGCUGUCGACGAGAUCUAUGAUGUGUUCAUUGAAGAUAUUAUAAAGAAGGGCUACCUAUUCAAACGGGGCUAUUUACUGCCAACAAUGCGCGAAUACUGGUGUGUGCUACAACCCUGCGCCCUCACCUACUACAAAAGCUCCUCGCAGAAGGAACAGUGCGGUAGAAUCACAAUAGACGAAUAUUGCUCCGUAGAGGCUUCAGCAGGCGAGGGUAGAAUCCAAAGAUUCCAACUCGUCACUCCAGAUAGAACAUUCGAAUUCGCCACUCAAGACCACAAAAGCCGACUACAAUGGAUAUCAGCGGUGCGACAGGCGGCAGCAGUCUCAGGAGGUGCCGAGGGUUACCAAAGGAAAGCUAGAGCGUGCAGACGUGGUGCCGGCGCCAGGAAAGAGAGAGAAGCUAGAGACGCUCGCGCGCGACUACAGCAUGAAGUGCGAGCGAGACUCGCUGCAGAAGCGCAGGCCCAAGAGUUAGCAGAAUUAGCACAACAAGACAACAAAAAGUUAGAAGAAUUGAAAAGUACUCAAACGGAAUUGGAAAAAUUGUUGCAAGAAGAAAUUCAAGCAAAGAGGGACGAAGAAAUUGUACGGGCUUUGCAGGCCAGGGUUUUAGCAGAGGAAUGGGAAAGGCGAGAAGAAUUGGAAAGGCUUCAAGAGGAACAGAACAGAAUGCUUGAAGAGGAGAGGUUAAAGCGAAAACGGUUCGAAAUUCUACAAGCCAAGAAGGAAGAACAAUACAGAGAAGCAGAAAAGCGUCUGAAAGAACUGGAAUUAGAGAAGCAACGGUUAGACAACGAGCUGAAGGCAGCGCAGGAGAAGAUUACCAAGACUGAGCUAACAGCACAAGCUUUGAACGUCCAAUUAAGAGAUAUAAACCCCAUUCUCCGCAAUGGUGAGAGAGUGCGUCGAGCCAUCUCUUUCAUACCGACUGCCAAGAGUUCCUCUGAUACCCUGAUAGACCUUAAAGCUAUCAGGCAUAUUAUGGCGGCGGAUGACGAUGAGAAAAUGUGAACAUGUUAUAGAAUAGUGUUGUAUCACUGUGUAAUCAGUCCACAUUACUGACAAUUCCCUUCCUCCAAUAAAUGUCG